AUGCCAACCAUUAUGCCCUUCAGCCCCUUCCCUCACCAUGUGGCAGCUCUAGCAAAUCUGCUAGAGCUAAAUGAGCAACACCCAACUCCCGACCCUACCAUCAAGGAAGCCACUGACGAAAUGCUGAAUGCUGCGCCUGAUGUAGUAUUCCAUUUUUGUCCCCAUCCAUCCAAGGACUAUGGGUUGCACCACCAAGACUGGGUUGCCUGCCUAAAGGUCGUAUGCCCUGACGUCCCUCUCUUAAUGCGCAAAGGCUUUCAUUGGGACCGAGUUACUGUUAUAAACAAAGACAGCUAUACCAAGCGCAACUCAACAGGUUGGUACCCGGAAGGCGAGCAAGCGCAUUUUCCAGACAAGAUGAAUAUGAGGGUGUACUAUCUUUCGGAUAGAUGCCCACAACGUUGGGUUGGGCACCUUAUGGUGGGCGCGGUGGAUAAUAAGCACCUAGCCAACUUUAACCCAAGCCAUCUCUCUCCAGAAAAUAACAUACUCGCAUGCGCAUGGGAUGCAAAUAGGCACAUGAUCUAUGGAAACAUGGUCCAAGGCAACUCCAUUCUUGCGUUUAACACCGUUUAUGACAAAAUGUUGCCUUUGGGCGACUUCUGGCCUCGGCCGUCAAAACAAAUUAGUAACGGUACAUCUCGCGUGGGUCAUAUCCAUGAAAGUAUCAGCGAGGUCGUUUCGGAAACAUCGCAAGCGAACAAUUUCCAGGAUACAAGUCGAUCGGGGGAAAGCCCUGCAAGCACUGAAGCGGUCUCGACCAUGCCUCCAGAGAUGUCACUCAACGGCGAGAAAUGA